AUGAAGCAAGAUUUUGGUGCAGUCCGAUGCAUCAAUCCAAACUGGCCUGGCGUGCGCAGAGGUUACGCGACACGGAAUCGUGAUCAGCAAGCUGCUUUCGCCAUUGGUUUGGCAGGUGCGGUCAGACUGCUUUCACAAGAUAACGUCACUUUGCCGCAAUUCGAUCCGCGACCUGAAAGCAAUGACAACGUGUUAUUCAAAAAGAAUAACGAUACAAACACUAUUGAGGCUAUCCGAAGCGAUACGCCUAUGGUCCCACUCAGCUUGAGUGGAUUAACAGUGGGCCAAAACGCCCAAGACUAG